CACCAUGGGAGGGGGAAGAUUAGGACCCCCUGUCAUGUGACUGUGUGGGGUGAUGUGCUCAUGCUCCAGACAGCAGUCACCAUGGUGACAUGCCGGGCAGGAAGAGGAACAGCAGACCCACCUUUAGCGGGCACCAGAUCUUCAUCCUGGAGAAGACGUUUGAGCGCACCAAGUACCUGCCCGGGCCCGAGAGAGCCAAGCUGGCCUACUCCCUGGGGAUGAGCGAGUCGCAGGUUAAGGUGUGGUUCCAGAACCGACGCACCAAGUGGCGUAAGAAGAGUGGGUCGGAGCCAAGCUCCACGCAGACGGGGAAGGGGGAGGAGGGGUCAGGGGGUCCGGAGAACGAGGCGGAGGAUGAGGACUAUAACAAGCCUCUGGACCCCGACUACGAUGACGAGAAGAUUCAGCUGCUGCUCCGCAAACACCAUAGGGCCUUCUCUGUGCUGCGACUCGGACCACACCACCUGUAACACACACACACAUACACACCAACACACACACAAAGAUACACACACACACACUCACU